UUAAAAACAAAAUCCUACACAAACAACAAGAAAUACUCUGCGAUCACAAUGUCUGACAACGAAUCCGACUAUGAAGAAGAAAAUUACGACGAGGAAGAGGAGGAAGAAGAAGAAGAUAACUAUGAACCUGCUCAAAAAAAAUCUAAAUCAUCAAAAAGCAUGUUUAUUGAUGACGCUGCUCAGGAAGAUGAUGAAGACGAAGAAGAAGAGGGUGAAGAAGACUUUCACCAACAAUAUAGAAAGACAUCGGUUUCCGAUCUUCCACAACCAUCUGCACAAAGAAAAAACAUUAUGGCUGAUAUCGAAAGAAGAUAUGCAGGUGCUGAUGACGAGGAUGAGGAUGAUGAAGUAUAUAACGAUACUGUAAGAAUUGCUCAAAAACAACAACCAAAUCUUCCAACACCUGAGGAUCCAAAAUUAUUUUUAGUUAAAUGUAAACAAGGAAAGGAAAAGGAAGCUGUCAUGACAUUAUUACAAAAACACUUCAGUGUGAAACAUUCACCAAACAAAAAAGAUCGUCUUCUAAUUACAUCAGCUUUGUUUAUUGAAGGUUUCAAAGGAAAGAUCUAUAUUGAAGCUCAAAAAGAAGUUCACGUAAGACAUGCUAUUGAAGGACUUAGUCAUUUGAUUUAUGAAAGUGGAAUUAAACUUGUACCAUUGAAGGAAAUGCCUGAUGUCUUGAAUGUGAACCAACUCUCAACAAAAAUUCAAGAUAUUUCUGUUGGAAAAUGGGUGAGAGUUAAAAGAGGUACAUACAAAGGAGAUAUCGGAAAAGUCCAUGAUGUGGAUAAAGCUAGAGGAUAUUGUGUAGUUGUACUUGUACCAAGAAUUGAUUAUACUGGACAAAGUUCUGGUAAACGUCCACCACAAAGACUCUUUAAUAAGGAACUUCUUCCACAAACUGAACAAGAAAAAGUUGAAGAUGCAAAGGAUCAAAUUACUUAUAGUGUUUAUCAAGGAAACAAAUUCCAUGACGGUUACGUAUAUAAGCACAUUCACUUAAAGUCUUUGGAAACAAAGGAUAUCAUACCAACUAAUAGUGAACUUCAAAUUUAUUAUCAAAAUGAAAGUCCAAGUACUGCUAUUUCGUUAUCAAGAAAAACAUAUUUCAAGAGAGGUGAUAAUGUACGUGUUAUCAAGGGUGAAUUGAGAGGAAUGGUUGGUCAAAUUACAAAUAUUGAUGAAGAAUCUCAAGUAAUUACAAUGCUUCCAAAGAGUAAUGAUAUUAACACACCACUUCAAUUUACAAGCAAUCAACUUCAAAAACACUUUUCUGUAGGUCAAUUCUGUAGAGUUGUAGGUACUGGUAAAUGGGAAGGAGAAUCUGGUUACAUUGUCAGAGUUAGUGAAGAUGAUGAUAGUAUUGUCUUGUAUAACGAAGUAAGAAGAUGUGACAUGAAUGUGUACUCGAAUGAAAUCCAAGAAACAACUACUGUUGCCUCAGAGAACAAACUUGGUAACUAUUCAUUAUUCGACAUGGUUCGUCUUGAUUCACAAACUAUGGGUGUUAUUGUAAAAUUUGAUUCUAAUAAGAACACAUCUGAUGCUCAAGUUCAAGUUGUAGAUAAUAAUGAUGUACUAAGACAAGUUAAAUUACAAGAACUAGGAAGAAAGCAAAAUACUAAAGCUGGAUACAAAGCUCCUGAUAAGAGUAAGCAUCUCGUUGGUAUUAGUGAUACAGUUAAAGUCAUUGAUCCAACAUCUGUACAUUUUGGAAGAGAAGGCGUUGUUAAGCAAGUUUUUAGAAAAUUCCUUUUCUGUUGUUCUAUUGAUUUAAUUCAAAAUGCUGGUAUUUUUGCAGUCCCAGCAUCUCAUUGUGAAUUGAGAGGAGCAAGAAACAGACAAAUACUGAACUCUCAAACAUCUGGUGCUGCUGGUAAUACUACAAAUAAGAGAGGGUUCGUAUUUACAAAGAGAAGAAGAAACCAUCCAUUCACAAACAAGACAGCUAUUAUCACUAAAGGUCCAUACAAAGGAUACUUGGGUAUUGUUAAGGAUGCCACUGAUACCACUGCUCGUAUUGAACUUCACUCUCAGAAUAAGAUUAUUAACGUUGAUAUUUCUUGGAUUUCUUUGCAAGACGAAAAGGAAAAGAGAAAGGAUACUUAUCAAACAGUUUCUACACCUUAUCACAAUUCUGGGGCUGCUACACCAUUCAUGCCACCUUCAACUCCUUGGGACAAUAGAGAUUCAUCCAAAACUCCAAUCCAUACAUCCCUUGGUCAUGAAACUCCAAUCCAUCGUCCAGAAACACCAUCCCGUAGUGGUGAUGCUUGGAAUCCUCGUAAACCAAAUACUCCAAUGCACGAUUGGCAAGAAACAACAACUCCAGGAGGUGUACCAUCCACUCCACAUGAUAAUUAUACAGUCAAUACUCCAGGUAUUGGCAUGAAUCCAAUCACUCCAGCUUACACUCCUGGUGUAGGUGCUCCAAUCACUCCUGGAAUUACCACUCCAAAUACUCCACAUGGAGACAACUCAUACUCAUACCACCCAAUUACACCUGGUAUUCAAACUCCAAAUCCAGUUACACCUCACGAAUCUUACAAUUCAAUUUCAACUCCAGGAGGUGUAUUCCAAACUCCAAAUCCUGACAUGUAUGGUUAUGGUUCAGUUGUUACACCUGGAAUGGGACAUUCAGUUUCCACACCUUAUGGUACACCUGGUAUGAUGCAUCACCCAACUACUCCAGGAAUGAUGCACCAUCCAACUACUCCUGGCUUUAUUGGUUAUCCUGGUAUGCACCCAAUGACACCUGGUCUUAUGAAUCCAACUACUCCAGGUAUGCAUCCAAUGACUCCAGGUAUGAUGAAUCCUACAACACCUGGAAUGCAUCCAAUGACCCCUGGAAUGAUGCACCCAUCCACUCCAGGUAUGCAUCCAAUGACACCAGGUUCAAAUCCAAUUACUCCAGGAAAUCAUUAUGACGAUGACGAGUAAACUCUCCAAUUUUAUUGUUCAAUAACUAAGAUAAUCUAGAAUAAAUCUUUAAAUUAAUCAUCUAA